GCGGCACAUAAAAAGCGCCAACUUUGGGCGCUCGACAUUAUCUAAUUAUAGACGUGUUUACUUUGGUUGUAUGGAAAGUCUCAUAGGAGCACCGACGCUUAGUGGGAGAGAAUUUCUGUACAAGGAACAACUUGAGUAAGGGUCGUAUCUACUCGUAUCCACAAGCGUGGCGUGGAGGCGUACACGCGUAGCUGACGUUGCUGUAUCCACACUGGACAGCUCCUGCGCAAAACGCGAUUGAAACGAGACCGUGCCGCCGACAGAAUGUGAUUUGCAUCAAUCACGAUACAAUAGAAGCGCUAGAGUAUCACUUACAACCGUAAAACGCUUACAGUAGGUUUUAAACAGUGGGCCUGGCAAGCGUGAUACGAGAAAGAGAAGUAAACAGGGCUACAAGCAUGUAUAACCGCGGGUACAACUAUGGUCUGCCUUCUUAUACCAUUUCUGCACCUCCCGAGCCCCAGACACCACCACCGUUAUCCCACCAGCCCUACAUGACGUAUCAGACUCCAAGUAGGUACCCGUACACUGCGUACACCCCUGGUGGUGCUUCUUCAUCGCCUUACCCUCCACCCGGCGCUCCGCCAUACGCCCAUGGGUCGCAGUACGCUAUGGAUUCGCGCGGGAUGGACCCGGGCAUGCGGGACGAGGUUCCCGCACUGCACCAUCUCCCGCCGCAGUCCAUGUUCGAGGAGUGUUUGGAUCAUCACUCGUGUCUACCCCUCGUCCAGCCUGAUCCAAAAUCGACUAAAAAUCUGGGGAAAAAGAGAAAAGAGCGCACGGCAUUCACAAAACAUCAAAUACAAGAACUCGAGAAUGAAUUCCAAAGAAAUAACUACUUGACGAGACUGCGGCGGUACGAGAUUGCCGUGUCCCUGGAUCUGACCGAAAGACAAGUCAAAGUGUGGUUCCAGAACAGAAGAAUGAAGUGGAAGCGAGUCAAAGGAAAGCGACCAGAAAAGAAACCUGCGCCUGAAGACUCGAAUCAAGAUGAAAAAAGUGAUAGUGAAGAUAUUAUUUCGUAAAUUUGACAAUGAAUAUAUGAUAUACGUUAUAGUAUACAGUACACAGAUACAAUCAGCAUUACUAGAAUGUCGACACAUUUAUUUUCUGCAUAAUGUGAGAGAGUUUAUACUUGUAAGGGUUUUUACUCCAACUGGAAUUCCUGAAUGUUUUUCAUAAAAAGCUUUUGUAAAUAAAUUAUAUCAUGAAAACUCCCUAAUUACAUUUUGUGGAAAUUGUG